CUGGCUUCUUCCAGUCUUGCUCCUAUCAGCAAAGAGGAUUUUUCAAAGCCACAGGAAGAUGUGUGACCAGCAGAAACAGCUACAGCUCCCUCCAUCUUGUGUGAAAAGUUCAGGGUUGGGAGCUGGAAAAAGUAGCAACUGUGCCUCUGUAAAAUAUGCAGUUCCACGCCAAGUUCAAACCUUCAUGAAAUGCCCAGGUCCAUGCCCAGUUCAAACCUAUGUGAAAUGUGUGACUCCAUGCCAGACUUAUGUGAAAUGCCCAACUCCAUCCCAGACAACUUACGUGAAAUGCCCAACUCCCUGUCAGACCACCUAUGUGAAACGCCCAGCUCCAUGCCAGGCCCAGACAUGCUAUGUCCAGCGCCCUUCUCCUUGCCGGACCUAUGUCCAGGCUCCUGCAAGUGGCUCAGUUGCCCACUGCUGUGCCCCUGACCCAUGUUCUGCUCCCAGCUCCACCAGCUACUGCUGCCUGGCUCCCCAGACCUUUGGGGUGAGUCCCCUGAGGCGCUGGGUCCAACAGCCUCAGGACUGCAGAUCAGGGUCAUCGGGCUGCUGUGUGGCAUCUGGGUGCUGCAGCUCUCCACCCUCCAGUUCUGGGUACUGCGGCUCCAGUCACUGUGGUCCUGGGUGCUGCUGUUUGGGAAUCAUUCCCAUGAGGUCCCGAGGUCCAGCAUGCUGUGAUCAUGAGGAUAAUUGCUGCUGUUAAAUACAUAAGACCAGCCCUGCUCUACCUUCUAGACAUUCACCAGCCCCUGGCUUUGUUUCUUUAUUUAGGCAGCCUGCCAGAGGUAAUGUAACUCCCAAACUUUGGCAACAAUAAAGCUUUGAAUGCAAUUCACA